UUUCUCGUCUUCCUUUCCGGUCCGACUGAUUCAGGUUGCCAUGGAGAAUCCAGGCCCAGAUGGCGCUGGUGAUCAGGAACGCACAGAAAGUGGUGCAGCUUCGUAGGGCCCGGCUCCGGCGGGACACUCAAACCUUGCUCCACAUUCUGGGCCUCGCACGAUUCGACCUGGGUCUGAUCUGUGUGGACGACCAGCGGAUACAGACCUUGAACGGGCGGUACCGGGGGCAGGAGGUGGCUACGGAUGUACUGUCCUUUCCUGUCCAUCAGGAUUUGAGAGCAGGGGAUAUUCCCAAACCUCUACACCAGGAUGAUUAUAAUCUCGGAGACAUCUUCCUAGGAGUGGAAUAUAUCUACGGAGAAAGCCAAGCACACAGACAAGACUUCUACAAUGUACUAACAGUGACUACAUUACAUGGAAUUUGCCAUCUACUGGGCUAUAGACAUAGUACAGAAGCUGAAUGGAAACAGAUGUUGCAAAAAGAGUCCAACACCCUCCAAUUGUUUAAUCGUUUCACUGGAGCCAGAUUGCUUCCAUUAACGCUGAACACCUUCUGAAUGCAGAUGUUGCAGAGAGCCACUUGGAAUCAUUCAGUUUUACUAUCGUAAAUUAUGGUACAGCACAGAUUCUAACAGAAUAAAGGCAAUGCUCCAUUGGGUUAUGAAGAUUAUUUAAUUGUGCAGUGUCAAUAAAGUCAAUAAUUUUCAGAA